UUUUCCAGGGUGCAGACCCCCGUCGUGUAUCGAGUUAACCCACCAAGUGGAGUUCCAGGAGAACUAAUACACGUGUAUGGCUGGAUCAUCACUGACCGGCUGGAAACGUUUGAUCCUGAUGCGGACUACAUCGACAGCCCAUUAAUCCUGGAGGCUGAAGGAGACAAAUGGCUUACUCCUUGUUCUCUUAUAAAUAGGCAGACAGGAAGCUGUUUUCCCAUCCAGGAGGAACAAGGCCUUGGGACUGUGCAGUGCCGUGUGGAAGGCGAUUACAUUGGUUCCCAGAAUGUUAGUUUCUCAGUAUUUAACAAAGGGAGGUCAAUUGUGCACAAGAAAGCCUGGCUGAUCAGUGCGAAGCAGGCCCUGUUCUUGUACCAGACAUACUCAGAAAUCCUCUCUGUGUUUCCAAAAGUUGGGAGCCUGGGGGGAAGAACAGACAUCACCAUUACAGGGGAUUUCUUUGAUUCUUCUGCCCAGGUUACCAUUGCAGGAAUUCCAUGUGACAUUAGACAUGUGUCUCCCAGGAAGAUUGAGUGCACCACCAGGGCUCCAGGAAAAGGAGCAAGGCUCACUGCUCCUCAGGCAGGCAAUCGAGGACUUCUUUUUGAAGUUGGAGAGGCUGUUAAGGAUGUGGAACUGACUGAAAUCACUCCAGGUUAUAGGUGGCAGAUAGUCCCUAAUGCCAGUUCUCCAUCCGGAUUUUGGUCAGAAGAAGGGCGACCUUUCAGAGCACGACUCAGUGGGUUCUUUGUGGCUCCAGAGACAAACAAUUACACAUUCUGGAUCCAGGCAGACAGCCAGGCUUCCUUGCGCUUCAGUUGUUCAGAGGAGCCAAGGACUAAGGUAGAAGUGGCCUCAGUUGGGGUUGGCAUCGCUGACUGGUUUGACUCUUGGGAGCAGAGCGGGAACGAAGAGAGCUGGCAGCGGAGGACUGCUAAGCUAGAGCUGCGGGGCGGAGCCAAGUACUACUUGGAAGCAGAGCAGCAUGGGAUAGCACCCAGCCAGGGCAUGAGUAUUGGUGUCCAGAUCCACAACACGUGGCUGAAUCCUGAUGUGGUCAACACUUACCUUCUGGAGAAACACCAGAUCCGAGCCCGAGCCCAGAGACUUCCAGAAAUACAGAUGUUGAACGUGUCAGGGAAGGGAAACUUUUUCCUGACUUGGGGCAACGUCUCUAGCCAGCCAGUUCCUGCGAACGCCACAGCCCAGCAGAUCCAAGCCACCCUCGAGGAGCUGCUUGUGGUGAAAUGCAGUCUGAAACCAGUUUCAGCUCGUGUUCUGCUCCAGCUUGGAUUUGAACAAGGCCUAGAAGGCUCCAGCUCUGAUGGGGUCCUCACCAGUUCAACUGAACCCUUCUGUGGCAGAUUCAGCCUCGGCCAACUUCGACACCUUAUCCUAAACCCCUCAGCUGUCAACGAGGGCUAUCAGCUAGAUCAGUAUCCAUACCUAUGCCUUGCAUACAAAGGCCACAUGAACAGGACCUUGAAGAUGAUUGUUUCUGUAUUAUUUGGCUCCCAAAAUAUCACUAAGAACACCACCUGUGACUGGAGUCUCACAGAACCCUACCCUGAGAGUUGGCAGUUCACUUGCAUCAACCUCUGGGACACAUGUGUGCAUCCCUCUGAGGAUCCACCAUUUUCCCUGGCGACCUGUCCGCUGCUGGUUCAUCGGAUUGACGUCUUCGCCUUGGUCCCGGAGGCUGGCCUGCUCUACGUAGAUGACAUCGUUCUUGCAGAUACAAAUGUAACAGUUUCUCAGGUUGAUGCUGGAACAGCCCGCCCAGGUGGGACUCUGGUGGAGGCAGUCUCUGUGGAAGGAUUCCCUCCAGUCUACAGCAUAGUCUCCUGGGUGGCGGGGUGUGGCUCAGAGCUCCCUCUCAUCACUGCGAGCUAUGUGCCCACUGAGGGGACAGGAGAAGGAUCUGAACUCAUUGAGGUGGCAGCACAGAGACUUCAAAGGAUCAGCCCGCCUUUGGGAGGACACUUCUUCCUCCAGCUCUCUGAUACAGUGAUACCUGAUGUCCCAGUGCACCUGUCAGCCAGACAGCUUCACAAGCUAUUGCAGGACAAGGCUGAUGAGUUCACAUCUGGAUACCUCCAUGCCAGCGACUUCACCGUGAUGAAGGACCUAAAUUCCUGCUACGAACAUGUGUGGACUCUUUCCUGGACUACUCAGACUGGGGAUUUGCCCAACUUUAUCAGGGUCUCAGAUCAAAACCUUACUGGGGUGAAUCCUACUGUGACUGCUCGUGUAGUAUAUGAUGGCGGAGUUUUCCUUGGACCCAUCUUUGGAGACAUGUUGGCUACUGCCAACCAGGAGCCUCAGGUGGCCGUACAAGUGAAUGACAUACCAGCUCACUGUUCAGGCUCCUGCUCUUUCCUGUACCAGCAAGAGUCAACUCCCAGAGUGGACUAUGUGUGCUAUUCCCUUGGUAGCGAUAUCCACCUACUGGUUUAUUUUACUGGAGCUGGUUUCCCUAGAGAUCCCCAGUUCUUACAGGUUAUGGUGAACAAAGCAAGUUGUGAAGUUCUUUUCUCAAAUGAAACAAACGUGGCCUGUGAGACGGAGCUGCUACCAGUUGGAGUGCACCCGAUCUUGAUGCUGGUGAGACCUUCGGGCCUCGCUGUUAAUGCCAGUGGAGAAGGCCUCUUCCUGCGAGUGGAACCCAGGCUAGAUGCUGUGGAGCCUUCUAUAGCUGCAGAGAUUGGAGGACUGUGGGUUACCAUCCGAGGCUCCAGUUUGGAAAGUGUUAGCCUGGUGUUAUUUGGAAAUCAGUCAUGUAUCAUUGACAGCAUUAGAAGCAAUUCACAACAAAUUCAAUGCAAAGCCCCACCCAGGGGAAAAGAUGGAUACACCGUGAAUGUGUCUGUGAUCACUGGAGACCACUCUGCAGUACUUCCCAGAGCAUUUACUUAUGUCGCAUCAUUAAAUCCAGUGAUAGUGUCUUUGAGCAGAAAAAGAAGCAGCCUAGCAGGAGGUGAGAUUCUGUUCCUUGGUGUGGCGCUGCUGGCGAACUACACAGAUCUGGAUGUGCAAAUCCAUGUGGAAGACACCUCUGCUCAGGUCCUCGCACAGAGGUCAUGGGGACUGGAGGUCAUGCUGCCCCCAAUGCUGCCUGGCAUCCACAGGAUUUCAGCCUUCAUUAAUGGAGUCAGCAUCAGUUCACAAGGGGUUGAUCUCCACAUCCAAUACCUCACUGAAGUUUUCAGCAUGGAGCCUUGCUCUGGGUCUCUUUUGGGUGGAACUAUUGUUGGCCUCUCAGGCGUAGGAUUUGGCAGAGACGCAGCUCUGAUUUGGGUCCUUGUGGACAACCGUCCUUGUGCUAUUGUGAACUUAACGGAUGUGAGCAUUUGGUGUGAGACUCCUCCGGCUGUACUAUCACCUGGAGCACAUGCUCUCUCCCUUCCAGCUUCUGUGGAGAUCUGGGCUGGCAACACCUCCUUCCUCCAUGGACCAAGUUUGGUGGGGAAGGGUUUUACUUUCAUGUACAAAGCAUCAGCAACACCCGUGGUCACCGCUAUGAGGGAAGAAGUCAUGAACAACAGCCUGCAGUUCUAUGUGGAAGGAAAUAACCUCUCGGACUCAGUCAUUCUUUUGGGAACCUUGAAAUGUGACCUUGACGUGCAAUGGUUUGAUGGUGACAGGAAUCUGUCUAGGUGCUCCUUUCCUCUCUACAAUUUGGAAGCAGGGGUCUAUCCUCUCCAAGUUCGUCACAAGUGGAUGGGGUUUGCCAACAUAUCUGCGGUACCUCAGACGUUUGAGUUGUCACCUAGGAUAACGUCCAUCUUCCCAUCAUGCGGUUCUUUGUGUGGCGGGACGGUGCUCACUGUGAAGGGCGUGGCCUUCCGUUCCAGGAGGAGGUCAAUUCAUGUUGACCUUUCAGGCCCUUUCGCCUGUGUGAUUUUGAGUUUGGGAGACCACACAGUCCUAUGCCAGACCAGCUUGGUGGGCCACCGCUCCUCUGAAGCAUCAUUUGCUCUAAAUGUCACAGUGGUGGUCAAUGGGCUGACCAGCAAAUGUGAGGGGAACUGCACACUCUUUAUGCAGGAAGAAAUGACUCCUGUUGUGGAUGCCCUGACUGUAAACAUCAGCGGGUCUCUAACCACAGUGCUGUUGCGAGGCCAGAGGUUAGGCACCACUGCUGACGAGCCGACAGUGUUUGUGGACGAUCAGCUUCCUUGCCACACAACUUUUUCCAAUGCCAGCCAUAUUGCAUGCCAGAUGAAUGAGUUGACCCCGGGCUUCCACUACCUGUCAGCUGUGCAUACGAGCACUGGGUUUGCUUGUCUGGGUAGUGUUUCUAGGAGCUUCUUCGUUGUGCCUCAGGUGUUUGAUUACUUUCCUAAGAAUUUUAGCAUCCGUGGUGGAAGUCUUUUGACCAUGAAAGGCACAGCCCUGAGGGGACGGAGUGCUACCUUCGUCUAUGUUGGCCAGCAGGCCUGUGUAAGAGUGAACGUCAGCUCUGAGUCCAUCCAGUGCGUUAAUCCUGCAGGAAAUGGCUCUGUUGCUCUGGAAAUCGAGGUGGAUGGGGCCCUGUACUAUGUGGGCCUGGUUGUUUACAGCAGGCUCUUUACCCCGGAAUUGCUCUCUGUUUCACAGAGUCAUGACAUCUUAACCAUUGCAGUGACCGGGAUCUCAGGGCCUGCAAACGUUGACGUUCUUAUCGGGACGUCACCAUGUCUAGGUGUCUCUGGGACCCGUACAGCUCUCCAGUGCAUGGUCCCCUUGCUCCCUGCUGGGGAGUAUCCUGUCACAGUGUUUGACCACAUCAGAGGAUGGGCCUCAGCAGCUCUCACUCUCGUGCUGAGAGCUACUGUGACUUCAGUGACCCAGAACUUUGGCUGCCUGGGUGGAAGGCUUUUGCAUGUGCUCGGAACAGGAUUUUCUCCAGGGAACAUCUCAGCUGCUGUGUGUGGUGCUCCGUGCCAAGUCUUGGAUAAUGCGACAGUGUCUGCCUUCAGCUGCUUGGUUCUGCCCCUGGAUGCGUCCUUGGCUCUCCUGUGUGACCUGAGGCAUGCAGAAGACAACUGUGAAGCUAGCAGCUACCCCUACUUGCAAUGCGAUUUGACUGUCUCCAUGGGGACAGAGAGACUCCCUGGAUCCUGGCCUUAUGUCUUCCUUUGUGAAGAGAGUUCCCAGUGUCUCUUCGUACCAGACCACUGGGAAGAGCUGGCCCUUCCAUCCUUCUCAGGCCUCUUCCUCAGCCCUAAAGUGGAAAGAGAUGAAGUUCUCAUCUAUAAUAGCUCCUGUAACAUUACCAUGGAAACUGAGGCAGAGAUGGAGUGUGAGACGCCUAAUCAGCCAGUUACCGCCGAGAUCACUGAAAUACAGAAAAGCCGGGGCCAGAACACUCAGGGCAACUUUUCCUUCCAGUUCUGCCGAAGGUGGUCCAGGCCUCACAGUUGGUUUCCUCAAAGAGCGCCACACGAUGGCGACAAUGUCACAGUGGAGACCGGUGAACUGCUGCUGCUCGAUGUGAACACAAGCAUCCUGAACUCGCUGCACAUUAAAGGUGGAAAGCUCAUUUUUGUGGAGCCAGGACCCAUUGAGCUCAGAGCCCACUCCAUCCUUAUUACCGAUGGUGGAGGGCUCCAUAUCGGAUCCGAGGAGAAGCCUUUCCAAGGCAAAGCUCAGAUCAGACUCUACGGAAGCCAGCAUUCCCCUCUCUUCUUUCCCUAUGGAGUCAAGUUCCUGGCCGUGAGGAAUGGAACUCUUUCCCUGCAUGGAUCAGUUCCAGAGGUUACUGUCACCUAUCUUAGAGCAGCUGCGUGUGCUGGGGACACAGUGUUGGCGCUGGAGGAUGCUGUGGGUUGGCAUCCUGGGGAUGAGGCCGUCAUCAUCAGUGGAAUGAAUGUUGAAGGUGGUGAACCAAUGGAAGAAGUUGUUAUUGUGGAAACUGUGCACAAUGCAGACCUCCAUCUCAGGAGCCCUUUGAGAUAUUCCUACAACUUCACAGAGAACUGGGUAGCUGGAAAGAGCCUUAUUUUGAAGGCUACAGUGGCUCUUCUCAGCAGGAACAUUACCAUCCAAGGAAAUCUUACCCUUGAGAGGGUAAAGCUCCUCGAUUCCUGCCAGGAGACCAAUGCUUCUGAAGGUAACCUGAAGCACUGUUUGUAUUCUAAGAGUGAGAAGAUGCUGGGAGCCAGGGAUCUGGGGGCCAGAGUCAUCAUUCAGUCCUUUCCAGAGGAGCCCAGCAUGGUCAAACUGAAGGGAGUGGAGUUUCAAGACCUGGGACAGGCCUUCCAUAAGCAUGCAAGCUCACUCGCCCUGGUGGGAAUGAUGAGAGGUUCCUAUCUCCAGAAGUGUUCAGUGUGGGCCUCCUUCAGCAGGGGCCUCAGCAUGCACAGGACCUGGGGCCUGAAGGUGGACAGUAAUAUAUUCUAUAAGAUUGUAGGUCAUGCCCUGCUGGUGGGAGCCUACAUGGACAGGAGCUUUAGAACUAGUGAUGCUAUUAUUGGAAGAAAAACUGAUUGGUGGGGAUCACAGGGAAUUACAAUAAGAAACAAUGUGAUCAUCAGCGUUUCUGGGGCUGAGGGACUGUCCAGUCCUGAAAUUUUGGCACCAGCUGGCAUCUACAGUUUCAGUCCCACCAAUGUGAUAGAGGGCAACAGAGUCUGUGCAGCUGGCUAUGGCUAUGUUUUUCACCUUGUGACCCGCCAAACAUCACAAGCUCCGCUCCUGUCAUUCAGUUGGAACGCUGCUCAUUCCUGUAUAAGGUAUGGUCUCUUUAUAUAUCCUAAAUUUCAGCCACUUUGGAAUAAUGACACUGGCCUCACUCUGUUCCAGAACUUCAUGGUUUGGGGAAGUGCAGGUGGCGCCCAGAUUUUUAGAAGUAACAAUCUACACCUGAAAAACUUCCAAGUUUAUGCAUGCAGAGAUUUUGGAAUUGAAAUUUUGGAAAGUGAUGCAAAUACUUUGGUUACUGACAGCUUUUUACUUGGUCAUUUCACCCACAAGGGAAGUCUAUGUAUGUCAGCUGGGAUUAAAACUCCCAAAAGAUGGGAACUGCUGGUUUCUAAUACAACUUUCGUUAAUUUUGAUCUCAACUGUGUGGCCAUCAGAACCUGUUCUGGCUGUUCCCAAGGACAGGGUGGAUUUAUUGUGAAGACCAGGCAUUUGAAGUUUGCAAACUCUCCAAAUUUAGUAGCAUUUCCAUUUCCUCAUGCAGCAGUUUUGGAAGACUUGGAUGGGUCCCUGUCUGGGAAAAAUGGAAGUCACAUUCUUGCUUCUAUGGAAACCCUCUCAGACACAUGUUUGACUAAUGCAAGCUUCAGUCACAUUGUCCCUGGAAGCAUCUGCCCGGACACGAUUCUCUUUCAUCGUAUGUCUAUUGGUUUAGUUAAGGGCCUUGGCGUUCCUCAGAAUUUAACUUUGACUGACAGCAGAAAUAAGACAACCACUGCCAGGUAUGUUGAAGACACGCUGUCUAACUACCAUGGCUGGAUGGCUCUACUCUUGGAUCAAGAGACCUACUCACUGAAGUUCCAGGGCCCUUGCACAGAUAGAUCUUUGCAGUACUCAGCAACGUUUGACAGCUUUGCCCCCAGGAACCACCUUCUGCUGCUGCACGGGGACCUACCACCUUAUCCUGACAUCCUCAUCAGAUGUGGGAGUCGCGUGGGUCGGUCACUUUCAUCUCUUCCUUUGCCCAGUCAGGACAGAGGCUGUGACUGGUUCUUCAACAGCCAGUUGCGGCAGCUCACCUAUCUGGUUUCAGGUGAAGAUCAAGUUCAGGUAUUUCUCCAAGUGAACGAAGGUGUGCCUCCCACUGUUUCAGCUUCUACACCUGUACUUGAAUCAGCAUUAAAAUGGUCGCUUCCUGCAACCUGGAAAGAUGUUGACAAAGGCUGGGGGGGACACAACCAGACCAUCCCAGGACCCGGUGAUGACGUCGUGAUUUUACCCAACAGGACUGUUGUUGUGGAUAUUGAGCUCCCAGCGCUCAGAGGCCUCUACGUGAUGGGAACCUUAGAUUUCCCUGUGGACAGAAGCAAUGUUCUGAGUGUGGCAUGCUUACUCAUAGCAGGAGGGGAGCUGAAAGUAGGUACUUUAGAAAACCCAUUAGAAAAAAAACAAAGACUCUUGAUUCUCCUUAGAGCCUCCGAAGAAAUCUUUUGUGACCGUUUUGAUGGUAUCCGUGUUGACCCAGGAACAAUUGGAGUUUAUGGGAAACUUCACCUCCACAGUGCUUAUCCUAAGAAAUCAUGGGUACACCUUGGAGCUGAUAUUGCACCGGGAAAUGAGAGGAUUAUAGUAGACGAUGCCGUGGAUUGGCAGCCCCAUGACAAAAUUGUCCUCAGCUCUUCUUCUUAUGAGCCUCAUGAGGCAGAGGCCCUCACUGUCAAGGAAAUCAAAGGCCAUCACAUCAGGAUCUUUGAACGUCUUAAACACCGGCACAUUGGAAGUGCUCAUAUCAUGGAAGAUGGUCAACACAUUCCUUUGGCUGCUGAGGUUGGACUACUGACUCGAAACAUUAAAAUUCAGCCUGACUCAUUAUGUAGAGGGAGACUCCUUGUGGGGUCCUUCAGAAGGUCUAGUGGAGAAGACUUUUCUGGUGUACUUCAACUUCUAAAUGUAGAAAUUCGGAAUUUGGGGUCGCCAUGGUAUUCAUCCAUUGAAUUCACUAGUGUGUCAGCUGGAUCCCGGGUAAUAUCUUCUACUGUACAUCAAAGCUGUGGUGUGGGCAUCCAUGCGUCUUCUAGUCAUGGCAUGAUUUUAGAGGACAACGUAGUGUUUGGCACAAGUGGCCAUGGCAUUGAUGUGGAGGGACAGAACUAUUCUCUCACUAAUAAUCUUGUCAUUCUGACAAUGCAGUCGGCAAGCUUAUCUGCUUGGGUGGCAGGAAUCAAAGUAAACUAUGCAAAGGAUAUAAUUCUCCGUGGCAAUGUGGUGGCAGGAUCAGAGAGACUUGGCUUUCAUGUAGGUGGCCAUGGGUGCUCCUGUGAAGUGCUUUGGUCUGACAACGUGGUCCACUCAAGCCUUCAUGGCCUUCACCUCUACAAGACACAUGAGCCCAACAACUGUACUGGUAUCUCUGGAUUUCUGGCUUUUAAGAACUUUGACUAUGGUGCCAUGGUACAGACAGAGAAUAGCGUGGACAUGCAGAAUAUCACUCUGGUAGACAAUACCAUUGGCCUUUUGGCCAUCGCAUAUGUGUCUUCUGCUUCACUGAGCUCCAUGAGCACUGUACAGAUUAUGCUUAGGAAUUCAGUCAUUGUGGCCACUAGCUCCUCUUUUGACUGCAUUCAAGACAGAAAGGCACCUCAGUCGGCCAACUGCACAUCAACAGAUAGAGCACCUUCCAACCCCAGAGGAGGCCGAAUUGGUAUUCUGUGGCCUGUUUUCACCUCAGAACCAAAUCGAUGGCCUCAGGAGCCAUGGCACAAAACGAGGAAUGGUCAUUCAGUUUCCGGAAUUAUGAAGCUUCAAGAUGUCACCUUUUCUAGCUUUGUGAAGAGUUGCUAUAGUGAUGACCUGGAUAUCUGUAUCCUGCCUAAUGAGUAUAGCACUGGAAUCAUCUACCCCAUAACAGCAGAGAGGAGCAGGAUGCUAAAGAUAAAGGACAAAAACAAGUUCUAUUUUCCUCCAUUGCAGCCCAGGGAAGACUUAGAGAGAGCCACCUGCCUUGAAUCUGACUGUGAAAGUCCAAGAAAAUACCUCUUCACAGAUCUGGAUGGGAGAACCCUGGGUUUGCCCCCACCAGUUUCUGUGUUUCCAACGACAGAGGCAGAAUGGACUGGAUCUUUCUUCAACACAGGUAUAUUCAGAGAAGAACAGAAAUGCACAUUCCGCGCAAUGAUCCAGGGUUUCUUCUGUAAGCAGACUGAACACAUGGUUCUAAUUCUCGAUAAUAUUGAUAUACCUUGGACAAAACCAAAGACAUACCCACUCGUGUCUAUUACUAAUGGCUUUGUCGACACAUUUAGCAUAGUGAAGGACAGUAGUCUAUGCUCUCCCGCUACCUCUGUGUCUACUUUUUAUUCCAUCUUACCUGCUAGGCAAAUAACCAAAGUGUGCUUUCCAGAGCAAACUCCUCCAUCACCGCACUUUUUUCUACUGGGGGACAGAAGAGGCUCCAAGCUCAUCUUGGCUGUGUUCUACAAUGAGAUUCAGACCCCUCGAGUUUUCUUAGAGAAAAGCUUCAUCCCACCCACUCCAGUAGACUCACCCUCUUCUUUGUUGGAUGCGUCUGCUGGUGCCAACUACUUCGACAUCAUGAAUAACCUCUUAUAUGUGGUCCUGCAAGGAGAGGAGCCUGUUGAAAUACACUCAAGUGUUUCUGUUCAUUUGGCUUUCACAGUGACAUUUUCGGUCCUGGAAAAAAGUUGGAAAAGAGUUAUGCUUGAACGCCUAACACACUUCUUACGGAUUGACUCCAACCAAAUCAGAUUCACUCUUGAGAUGCCUGGUAGCAAGGAUACCUUAGAGGUUAUUGCAAACAAUGAAGGAAAACGAAAGCGCCACUGCCCAACUGUAACUUGUGGUGACCCUUCUAGCAAAUAUGGUCAACGCAGACUUCUCAUGGCAGAGAUGACACCAUAUAGAAUCACACCACCAACCACUGAGGAAACUUUCUCAAAGGUGAUUGUCAUUGAAAUCGGUGAUCUGCCAAAUGUAAGGAGCACUGAAUUCAUUCAGUCCUUACCAAGUAACAGAUUACAGAAUUUGGCUUGCCAAGUUAUCACUGCUCAACAGACUGGAGUCCUGGAAAAUAUUCUCGGUAUGAAUGUCGGGGCCCUACUGGUGACUCAGUCAGAGGGAGUCACAGGAUAUGGAAAUGCAAGUAGUUUAAGAACUGGGAACCUGAUAUAUACUCGGCCCUCUGUGCUUUCCAUGUUGAGGCAGCCUUCAGAUGGGGAAGUGGGGACAGAAUUGCCAGUUCAACCGCAGCUUGUCUUCCUGGAUGAGAAGAAGCAAAGAGUGGAGUUGCUGGGUCUCCCCUCAGAGCCUUGGAUUAUUUCAGCGUCCCUGGAAGGGGCAUCUGAAUCAAUGCUGAAAGGGUGUACCAGGGCGGAAACACGGGAUGGCUAUGUGAGCUUCUCAAGAUUGGCUGUCUUGGUCUCUGGGUCAAACUGGCGCUUUGUUUUUACUGUUAUUUUCCCCCCAGGUACCAAUUUGACAGCUCGAUCCAAAACCUUUGCUGUCCUGCCUGCUGUCAGCAAGGAGAGAUCAACCAUCACCUUAGCCUUGUCCCUGUGCUCAGUGGUGUCCUGGCUGGCUCUCAGCUGUCUCGUUUGCUGCUGGUUUAAGAAAAGCAAAAACAGAAAAAUAAAACCAGAAGACAUAUCUGAGUCCCAGGCUAAGGAUCAAAAGAAUAAAACCCAUAUCUCUUCCAAACACCGAGGACUACAAGGAAAGACAGCAAAAGAAGAUGGUGCGAUGGGAGAAGAUGUGAGAAUGAAGGUCAUUCAGGGAAGACAUGACCAGUUUUCCCAACACUCAAUGGACGGAGUGUCUAAAAGGAAAGUUAGCCACCGUACUGCCCCAGAGGAAGGAGCUACACCUGCCCAGAGCAGUCCCAGAAUCACCUGUGUUCCUGGAUCUCCUGCUCAGCAGCUGAGGCCACAGGAGCCUGGGAACUGGAAGGAGGCCCAACAGCGGUUGCUCAGAUACCAGCUGUCAGGCCGCGAUCAGCUGCUCCUGUUAUGCCCAGACCUCAGGCAAGGGAGGCAGGAGGGUCAGGAGCCUAGCCAGCUGAACAAAGGGAGUGGCUGCAUGGGGCUGUCUCAAGAGGACGGCCCUUGUGUUCCCACUGAGACCUUCUGCCUCCAAACAGCUCCACCAGAGACUAUCCAAUAACAGCUGUGGGCAUGGAGCACUGUGGGUAUUUAUAUGAAAAGGGAAAAGUGUUCAAAAUUAUUUGUACAUGGAAAAUGUGGGAGGAGAAGUCUGAUAUGUUUGGACAACUGAGAGAAAAAUGUAGACUCUUUCUCAAACUUUUAGAUUUAAUGUAGAAUACAGUCAGGUAUAUGCUUGUAGACUAAGGCUGUGGCUGAGCAUGUCUCUUGUACCUAUCAGUGAUCCUACCCAAUUCCCCAAUUCGAGCUUAUAAUAGGCUUUCAAGCACUGCCUGAUAAUUUCCUGCAUUCAGACUUGUUGCUGUGCAGCCAACAUAACACCUGUGCUAUACUAAAUUUUGCCAGUAGGAACUGAGAUUAAGCUUCUGUUACAGUGAACACACCCAGUGCUUCGGUCUUGUCUUCUGAAAGACCCGUGACAGGCUUAGUUAGCUGAAGUUGUAACUGCAGUGCUAUAGAAACUCUCAGGAGAAAUCUUACACCAAAACUUACCCCCAACCAGAGUCAACUUCAUGAAUCUCACUCAUAGAUUUUAUUUCAUGGUUUAAAUUCAGUCACUAUUGGGAGCUUUCUGUAUUACAAAUAUUAUUAUUUGUACCUCAUGAAUGUUUAUGGUUACAUGGGCUUUGUUGGGAUUUCAGUUAAAAAUAAAGAUGUGGAUAUACUAAA